AUGGCUGUGAGCAUGGAUGAUGACGUUCCCCUUAUCCUCACCCUGGAUGACAGUGGAAGCAGCGUCUCAGCCCCCCUCAAUGAUGUGGACCGGGAGGAGCUGCCUAAUGAAAAUGGAGGUAGCUAUGAUGUUAUUCAUGAUGCAUCCAGCCCUGCUGCAGGGGACUGCUGCGCGCAGCAAAGCUCUGCCCGACACAACUGGGAAAUGAACUACCAAGAGGCAGCAAUCUACCUCCAGGAAGGAGAAAAUAACGAUAAGUUCUUCACUCACCCCAAAAAUGCCAAAGCACUUGCUGCCUACCUCUUUGCACACAAUCACCUUUUCUACCUAAUGGAGCUGAGCACAGCACUGCUACUCCUGUUGCUUUCUCUCUGCGAAGCGCCGGCUGUUCCCAUGCUCCGUCUUGGCAUCUUUGUCCAUGCAACCCUGGAGCUGUUUGCAUUAAUUGUGGUGGUCUUUGAACUCUCCAUGAAGAUGAGGUGGCUGGGCUUCCAGACCUUUAUCAGGCACAAAAGGACUAUGGUAAAGACUUGUGUGCUGUUUGUUCAGUUCAUCGAGGCCAUCGUGGUGCUGGUGCGCCAAACCUCGCACGUGCGCAUAACGAGAGCUCUGCGCUGCAUCUUCCUGGUGGACUGCCGCUACUGUGGGGCUGUCAGAAGAAAUCUGCGACAGAUCUUCCAGUCCCUCCCACCAUUUAUUGACAUUCUUCUCCUCCUGCUUUUCUUCAUGGUGAUUUUUGCCAUCCUGGGUUUUUACUUGUUUUCUCCUAACCACUCAGAUCCGUACUUCAAUACCUUAGAGAACAGCCUUGUGAAUCUCUUCGUGCUUUUGACCACUUCAAAUUUCCCUGAUGUGAUGAUGCCAUCUUACGCCCGGAACCCCUGGUCCUGUGUCUUCUUCAUAGUGUAUCUCUCCAUUGAGCUCUACUUCAUCAUGAACUUGCUUCUUGCUGUUGUGUUUGACACCUUCAAUGACAUUGAGAAGAGGAAGUUCAAGUCCUUGCUGCUGCACAAGCGCACGGCCAUACAGCACGCGUACCGCUUGCUGAUCACCAAGCAGAGGCCGUCUGGAAUUUCCUUCAAGCACUUUGAAGGGCUGUUGCGGUUUUACAAGCCUCGGAUGUGUGCCAGAGAGCGAUAUCUCACAUUCAAAGCACUGAAUCAAAGCAAUACUCCUUUAGUCAGUCUGAAGGAUUUUUACAAUUUCUAUGAAGUUGUUGGCUUAAAAUGGAAGGCAAAACGAAAUCGGGAGCACUGGUUUGAUGAUCUUCCAAGGACAGCAUUCCUUAUUUUUAAAGGCAUCAACAUCCUUGUGAAGUCCCAUGUGUUCCAAUACACAAUGUAUACUGUAGUGGCUGUGAAUGGAAUUUGGAUUCUUGUUGAAACCUUCAUGCUGCAAGGAGGGAAUUUCUUCUCCAGAAACGUCCCAUGGAGCUACAUAGUCUUCCUCACAAUCUAUGGCGUGGAGCUGCUCCUGAAGACCACUGGGCUGGGGCCUGUUGAGUACCUGUCCUCAGGUUGGAAUCUCUUUGACUUCUCAGUCACACUGUUUGCAUUUUUGGGGCUCAUGGCACUGGCAUUUAACAUGGAACCCUUCUACUUCAUUGUGGUCUUGCGACCCCUCCAGUUGCUGAGGCUAUUUAAAUUGAAGAAACGCUACAGAAAUGUGCUGGACACUAUGUUUGAGUUGUUCCCCCGGAUGGCCAGUCUGGGUUUAACCCUGUUGAUCUUCUACUACUGCUUUGCCAUUGUUGGCAUGGAGUUCUUUGCUGGCGUGGUCUACCCGAACUGCUGCAACACAAGCACAGUUGCAGAUGCCUACCGCUGGGUGAAUCAUACAGUUGGCAACAGGACGGUUGUGGAGGAAGGUUAUUACUAUCUCAACAACUUUGACAACAUUUUGAACAGCUUUGUGACGCUGUUUGAGCUGACGGUCGUCAAUGACUGGUACAUCAUCAUGGAAGGGGUGACAUCCCAAACCACUCACUGGAGCCGUCUUUACUUCAUGAUCUUCUAUAUUGUGACCAUGGUGGUGAUGACCAUCAUUGUGGCUUUUAUUCUGGAUGCUUUUGUCUUCCGCAUGAACUACACUCGGAAGAACCAGGAUUCAGAAGAAGACAAUGGCAUUGUGCUGGAGAAGGAGAUCUCCAAGGAGGAAGUGAUUGGCAUCAUCGAGCUGUACAAGCGGAUUUCAGCUGCUGGUGAAACAGCUCAGCUGCAGAAGAUCGUUUUGCAGAUGGACAAAUACGGGCAAAUGUCAACAGUGUUUCUGGGACGCAGAUCAAGGACCAAGAGUGAUUUGAGUAUGAAGAUGUAUGAGGAGGAGAUUCAGGAAUGGUAUGAGGAGCAUUCCAGAAAAGAGGAAACUCAGACACCAUUGCAAGAGCCUGCAUCUGCUUCCAACAGCUCUCUGAAGCCCCUGAGCCUCCGACAACGAUCCCAGACUGUCAUUUAGGCCUAGCUAAUGCAAGCCACCUUCUAUGCAAUAACCUAGAGUAUUACUUCACAGCGUAUAUAUUGGGAUGGUGUAUAUAGAUCUGUUCAGUGUUUGGCGUUAGGGUUUCAAGCUCUUCCCCUAGGCAGUGAAUUGCUGAAAACCAG